AUGUCGGGCCUUUCCAGAACCGCCAACCUUCUUUUCCGCACUACCAAGACGUCGCUUCUGCGUCCUCGUAGUGUCAACCCUGUUCAGUAUGCGCUCUCCAAGGAUAGGCAGACCGUCCGCGCGAUGGCCACUGCUUUCGAGCGUUCCAAGCCCCAUGUUAACAUCGGUACCAUUGGCCACGUUGAUCACGGCAAGACCACUUUGACCGCUGCCAUCACCAAGCAUCAGGCCUCCAAGGGUCUUGCUCAGUUUCUCGAGUAUGGCGCCAUUGACAAGGCUCCUGAGGAGCGUAAGCGUGGUAUCACCAUCUCCACCGCCCACAUCGAGUUCGCGACCGAUGCUAGGCACUAUGCCCACGUCGACUGUCCCGGUCACGCCGAUUACAUUAAGAACAUGAUUACUGGUGCCGCCAACAUGGACGGUGCUAUCGUUGUCGUUGCCGCUUCCGAUGGUCAGAUGCCCCAGACCCGGGAGCACUUGCUACUUGCCCGCCAGGUCGGUGUCCAGAAGAUUGUUGUCUUCGUCAACAAGGUCGAUGCCGUCGAUGACCCUGAAAUGUUGGAGCUCGUUGAGCUGGAGAUGCGUGAGCUCCUUAGCUCCUACGGCUUCGAGGGCGAGGAGACCCCUAUUAUCUUCGGUUCCGCCCUGUGCGCUCUCGAGGACCGCCGCCCCGACAUUGGUACCGAACGAAUUGACGCCCUUAUGGAGGCCGUUGACACCUGGAUCCCUACUCCCCAGCGUGAUCUGGACAAGCCCUUCCUGAUGUCCGUCGAGGAAGUCUUCUCUAUCCCCGGUCGUGGUACCGUCGCCUCUGGCCGUGUCGAGCGUGGUCUUCUCAAGAAGGACAGCGAAAUUGAGAUCCACGGUGGUGGUGAGGUUCAGAAGACCAAGGUCACCGAUAUUGAGACCUUCAAGAAGUCCUGUGACGAGUCCCGUGCGGGUGACAACUCCGGUCUUCUUCUCCGUGGUACCCGCCGUGAGGAUGUCAAGCGCGGUAUGGUUAUUGCCGCUCCUGGCACCAUCAAGGCCAACAAGAAGUUCUUGGUCUCCAUGUACGUCCUGACCGAGGCCGAGGGUGGUCGCCGCAGCGGCUUCGGCAGCAACUACCGUCCUCAGGCCUACAUCCGCACUGCUGACGAGGCUUGCGACCUUACCUUCCCUGACGGCGACCUCAGCCGCCGCGUCAUGCCCGGUGACAACGUUGAGAUGGUUCUGAGCCUCAACAACCCUGUCGCCGCUGAGGCUGGUCAGCGCUUCAACAUCCGUGAGGGUGGCCGUACCGUCGCUACUGGUCUGAUCACCCGCGUCAUGGACCAGUAA